AUGCUCUCCGUGCUUCAGCACCUCGCGCACCGCAGAGUCGUCGUUCUACACUGCCCCCGCAAGCUGGGGCUCACUGCCACCUUAACGAUGAUCUCACGCUACAUCUCUGCCCCGGGCCGCAAAUUCUCUGGCAGCUGCAUUUUUGGAGAGGCACAGCCACUGAAGAAAGGGCUCCUCAUCAUCGAUGAUGCCGAUUCGGCUUUGCUGGAGCAUGCGGAAGUUUUGAAGCAGAACCUGGAGUCCGACAAGUUCUAUCUGCUGGCAGGGUGCUCCAAACCGCAAUGGGAACUGUUUAGUGACGUGGUCAAGCCGGUGCAUGUAGAGCUGCCACCGCUAUCGUUGCUGGAGUCCGCCACGCUGUUUCUGCAACGAUGCCACCGGCCCCUCACACUGGAAGAUGUGCUGCACCCCAACUCGACGGAUGAAAGAGUUGUCAAGAAGAAGCCUCUUCCCAAAGAGCGGGCGAAGCAACUUUUAAAGCCUAUGGCCUCUGUGUUUGAAGGCGACCCUCGCCUAAUUCGUCAGGCUGCCGGGAAGGUCACUCCGAACCGCCCGCCCUUGCAUGGAGACCUGGAGAGCCUGAAGGCAGAAUGCAUCGGUGCUCUCGAACCGAAAAAAGAUACCCGACCAACAACGUAUCUCCAUGAGCAGAAACCCUGCAUCCUCCACCGCGACCUCAAAAGCAGCAACGUCCUGCUUGCAAAGCCGCUAAGGAAUUCCAGUCAAGAGCCCUUUGCGAAGGUUGCUGAUUUCGGCCUCUCGCGGGUGGAUGCGGCGGAGACGUCGAAGCAGGGAAUGACGGUGGGCGUCGGGACUUGGAGAUGGAUGGCACCCGAGGCAGAGACUUGC